CGCUAGUUGGAGUCAAAUCAGUGCUGUUGGUUCACCAGUGUUGUCCAGUAUAAGGAUUUGAUUCAAAUAUUUGAUUGGACGAAAACUCUUCGGUUACGUCGAAAGCGAUUGUUACUUUAAGUGUUUGGUAUCCAAAGUUUCACAUAUCAAGUCUUCUACAAAGACAGGGACUGAGCUUUCGCAAUGAAGCUCUCCCUGGUGUUUGAGCUUUUGCUCAUUUUCAUCCUAUUGGCUUUCGCAGCUCAAGCUAAAAGCACAAGGAAGCAAAAGAACAACCACAAGAAAGGCAUUCAGAACAGAAAUGACGCGGAGAAGCCUGAAGAUAACACUAUAAACAAAUACUGCAAGUGUCAGGAGUCGUUUUGCAAUUGCUGCCGAGACUUUGACCUCCCCGUCGUCAACUUGAACGGUCCAGGAUGUGCCUCGCUGACGUACCUGAGUGGAGACAAAAUGGCGGUAUCUUUGAGUUUCGGAAGGAAAGUCAUCGCCAAUCGAACCCUAUCUAGCAAAAAGCCUAGUCCAGUGUGCAUGCCUCUACCAGGAGGCAUCUCAAAGUUCUGUGGACGAGUAUACAACAUCGCUCGGGCAGGAGAAGAAUUCCGAGCCUGUCUCGGUUUAGAAUUACAGUCCAAGAGUGCCGUAGAAGCGGCUGUAAGAGUGUCCUGUUUCAAAUUCGGUCCGAGAGGAGUCACUUCGGAACAAGCUGACCCGCUGCCCUUAGUUCCUCAAAACGAAAGGGAAGAUGAUGACGACGACGAUGAUGAUGAUGUAGACUUCGAUCUUGGUGAUGAUGAUGAUGAUGACGACGAUGAUGAUGCUGCUAAUGAUGUCGAGAGUGCUGACUACACCGGCUUCAGUUUAUUGUCUGAAGAUUUAUUAGGAGGCCUCUUCGGUACUUCUGGCAACAAAAAGCCAAAUAAAAAUAGAAAAAAACAGGCACCAGCACCUACUCCUUCAACUACAACCACCCUGUCAACGACAACCAGGCGCCCACGACCAUCUCGUCGACCCAGCAGAAAACCUACCAAAACUACGACUCCGAGGACAGUUGCCACCAAACCCACAACAAUACGAGUAAGACCGUCGGGAAAUCGACGACCUAUCAGAAAGCCAUCAAGAAAACCCUCUAGAAAGCCAACAACGAAUAUUGUAUCUGAAAGUACAUUCUCAUCUCCCCUGACUGUAUCCUCGACAGAACCUAUAUCUGUAGAAACGUUUCCUAGUACUCAAUCUCCCGUAAGGAAUGAUGUUAUAUCUACAGCUCAAGAACCUCUAACUUUUGAAUCUAUUACUUUUGUUACACAAAAACCUGCAAUUACUUUGGCAGCAAGUACUGCUAAAACUAUAACUAACUUUGAAGACCCUGGCUUGGAAAUGUCACUAGCACAUAUAACAGGGCAAUUAUCAGUAAUGCCUUCUGCUUCACAAGUCAGUCCAAAUACAGGUAAAGAAUCGGAUUUGAUCGUUGAAAAAGAUCAAAUGAAUUACGAAAAAAUUGAAACCAUUACUAAAGUACCAUCAACAGUGCCCUUGGUUACUCCAGUUCCUAACAGCGAUGAAAUGAUUCAAAUCGUAACAAGGUUGGAUUCAGAAGAAAAGGAUAUCGAUAAAGAUCGAUCUUCAGCUGAUGAAAGCCGUGCUCAUUUUAUAAAUACUGCAGUACCAAAUGACUUUUACGGAGGAUUAAGUUUGAAACAGAAAAAGAAAGGCCGCCACAACGAUUAUGAUUUGGAUGACUUGGACGUAUUAAAUUUUGACCAAAUUGGCAAAACGGUAGGAGAAGAAUUAGGAAUUUUCGGAGGCAAAAAGCACAAUAAAAAUAACAACAGACAUAAUAACAAAAAUAAGAAAGUGCGAGAUGGCAAAAAAGAUGAUGAUUAUUCUGUAAUUGGACUAGACUCUUUAGAAUCUUUAAUUGGAAUAAAUAAUAACAAACAAAAUAAGAAAAAUAGGAGAAGACAAAAUAAAAUGAUGCGUGGAGAGUGGUCUCAGCCUCAAGUAUGACGCCGGAAUAGUAUUCUUAGCGUCCGACAUAGUUAAAUAUUACUAAAUUAAGACUUUAUUUCUUAAUAUUUAUUUAUUGUCUGUAAAUAGUACUUAUAAAUCGUUAAGUGUUUCCAUGUUUAUAGGCAUUAAAUGAUUACAAAUUUGUUGAAA